GGAGGGGGCGUGUCCUGCCAAACAGGUAGAGCGAGCUGACGGAAUGAAGGGGGGGGGGGGAGAAAAAGAAGUUCCCCCUUUCCAAGCGAGACGACGACGACGACAACAUGGCUGUCAACAAGUGCAUCAAAUAUUUGCUUUUCUUCUUCAAUCUGCUUUUCUGGCUGAGCGGCUGCAUCAUCCUGGGCGUGUCCAUCUACCUGAAAGUCAACAAGGACGGCAACUCGAUCACCGACGAGUCCCUCCCGGGCAUCGACGUGCUCAUCGCCGUGGGCGUCAUCAUCAUGGUGUUGGGCUUCUUGGGUUGCUGCGGCGCCAUCAAGGAGAACAGAUGCAUGCUCAUCCUGUUCUUCGUCAGCCUCCUGCUCAUCUUCAUCCUCUUGGUGGCGGCGGGAAUCCUGGGCGCCGUGAGCGAGACUAAGGUGAAGGACUGGUUGAAGGAGCGUUUCCAGAAGUUCAUGCCGCUGUCCAAUCAACCGGAGAACGUCAAGCAGGACCUGGAGAAGUUGCAGGAGGAGCUCAAGUGCUGCGGCCUGGUGAACGGCGUUCAAGACUGGCGAGACCAGGUGCCCCAAUCGUGCCGGUGCACUGAAUCUGGACCCGACUGCACCAACGGCCUCUACGCCACGUCGUGCUCCAGGAAAAUCAUCGAUCUGAUGGAGAAACACAUGGAAGUGGUGAUCGGCAUCGCGUUCGCCAUCGCCAUCCUGCUGAUCGCCGGCAUGGUGUUUUCCAUGAUCCUCUAUUGCCAGAUCGGAAAGCGCGACGGCGCCACCACCGCCUGAAGGCCGGGAUGAAAAUGACACCCGCGUCUGAGCGGACUUUUCUUUUGAAGGAACUCUCCUUCCUGCUGAUGUUGUGUUUUAUUUACUGAUGUUUUGUUGUUGUUUUUUCCAUCAAUGAAAUAACAGGAAAUCUUGUUUUUUCCAGUAAUGAUGCUCUGCUAUCAUCAACAUGAUGACUUUCAUCCAAAAAUGAUCAAUUCGUCACGAACUGCUUCUGUUGCAUUGGCGUGAAUAGAUUUGGUGUUUGUCCAUUCCGCAUCUGUGAAAAGCUGUACUUCAUCAAGUAAAAAUUGAACAUCUCG